UCUCAUCACAUCAAAUUGAUUCUGCUGACUUGCUGCUGACUGCUCUGUGGCCUGUGCUAGUUUCAGAAGCUGUUUGUGUGACACCUAUAAGAAUAAAAUAAAUUGAAAGGAAACUUAUAGCAGAGCCUUGCCUUCUGUGGGGCCUAGUGGAUAAAAGGUUAAUUGUAACUUGGCAGCAGUGAGCACUGAGCUGGAUGGGGUGCUCUAUGUUGAUUGCCGACCUGUGCCAGUGCCCUGUGGUUCUUAUUUUUAUUGGUAUAUACUUAUUUAGCCAGCUGACCUGAGACAGAAGUGACUGCAGUGCCGUCCGUCUGUGCGCGACUCCAUCAGCCUCCUUCUCCGCCAGUCCAACAGCCAUGUCGGGCUCGGAUCGUCUGGAGAACGUGAACCCCCAGAUCCACUCCACGGCCGGCCAGCGCCCAGUCACGGCCGCCGAGCUGGACAACUCAGUCACGGAUCCCAUCGACGCGCGAGAGGUGUUUGACCUGGUGCGCGACAUCGCCGACCCGGAGCACCCUCUGACGCUCGAGCAGCUGAACGUGGUGGAGCAGGAGCUGAUCGAGGUGGAUCCCGCCUCCGGAGUGGUCCAGGUGCAGUUCACCCCCACCAUCCCCCACUGUAGCAUGGCCACGCUGAUCGGACUCUCCAUCAAGGUGAAGCUGGAACGCUCGCUGCCGGCGCGCUUUAAGAUCGAUGUGCGUAUCACGCCCGGCUCGCACGCCUCCGAGAGGGCCGUGAAUAAGCAGCUGGCGGAUAAGGAGCGCGUGGCGGCGGCCACGGAGAACGGACGUCUGCUGGAGGUGGUGAACCAGUGUCUGGUACCGCCUGCAGCCGCCGUAGGCGCGUGAGGACGCCGGCACAGGACAGUGGUGAGGUCAUGAGUACUGAAGAAGGGUAAAGUGAAGGAUCAGGUGGGACAAGAAAAUAUGUGGACAAUAAUUAGGUGCCAGUGGAGUGAAUAAGCACGGGAAAGGGUGAUACAGUUGGAAUUUUUGUUGUAGGUGCCAGUAACCGGUCAUUGUGAUGCAUCACCAGCUGCUAUUUCCCUCAGAGGCUGAGCUGUGUCUCCUUAGAAGUCUCAAACUCAGUGCCUGAAAGUUGGGGCGUCAGGAUCAGGAGCGGGAACCGGUCCAUGAAGACUUUGCAACUAAUUGUAAGUGAUGCCUACUGUAGUCUGCAUUGGCUCAUAGCUCAAACCUCUGAAAUUUACGGAUACUGGAAUCAGGGUUAUCACAUCGUGGUAGCCUAGCAUACUUGUGAGCAAAGUGUCAUAGAAAAAGACGUCUGAAUGUGAAGAUUUAAAUUGCAGAGUGGGAUGAUUGAGGAGUGACGUUAUAAUACGUGUGUAAGUUCUAGUCCGUGGGUAGUUAUGUAACGAACUAGCUAAAUCAUAAUUCAUAUAAGAGCGUGAAUGAUAGCCCACUUGACAUACGUGAAUGGCGUGACAUGGUUUGAGAAUCCUUGGGAUUGUUCCAUGCAUCUUCGAAGAGUGGGCAGCAGACAUAACGCCCUGUGUAAUGGUGUGCCAAUGAUCGGUGGCCCGUAGUGACUCGAUGGUGUUCCCUGCUGGUCUGCACGUUUUCACACUGUUAUGCCGCUCUCUGUCAUGUAUAAGACCGUGCCUGACCUCGACCCCGGCUCACGUUCAGCCGUCAAUAGAUACCACUUUGUUA